AUGCAGAUUUUCGUGAAGACCCUUACGGGCAAGACCAUCACCCUCGAGGUCGAGAGUUCAGACACCAUUGAUAUGGUCAAGAGCAAGAUCCAAGACAAGGAGGGUAUUCCCCCCGAUCAGCAGCGACUCAUCUUCGCCGGCAAACAGCUCGAGGACGGCAGAACCCUCGCCGAUUACAACAUCCAGAAGGAGAGCACCUUGCAUUUGGUUCUUCGUCUUCGCGGAGGCGCUGGAGAUGAUGAUGAGAAGAGACCCAAGCGUGACAAGAAGCCCGUCGAACGCCUUGUCGCUCAACAAGCCCCUGAGCCCAAGAAGCGUGCCGCCAAGAAGAGUGAUGCUGCUCCUGCCGCCAAGAAGGGCAAGGGUGCCCCCAAGGAGAACAAGGAGAAGAAGGAAAAGAAGCCCCUCAGCGGCUACAUGUUGUUCUGCAAGCACAUGAGACCCGAUGUCACCAAGCAGAACCCCGGCAAGGCUGUCACCGAGGUUGCCAAGAUUCUUGGCGAGAUGUGGCAGAAGGUGUCGGAGAAGGAUAAGGCCUCAUGGAAAGAAGGCAAGGUUCCCAAGUAA